AUCUUACGUUACCGCGAGACAGCUAUUCAAGCAGUUCCACAUCGAUGGAAGUGAUCACAAGCAGUAAGCUGCAGUGGCAACGAACCGUCUUGGCCAUUUUCUAGAGGAUUCUUCAUAUCUUGAGGAAAUUCAAGCGUGGCAGGAAGAAAUGACGCUGAGCUUCGGUCUGACUUUCCUAAUGCAGAAACUGUAUUCCAUCUCGGAUCCCAGAACCAGGGACUUCCCCGUCGUGCUCAACCCUUUCUUCGUUUUUCCCAUGGUGGCCGCUUAUCUAUAUUUCGUCAAGGUGGCCGGUCCACGGUGGAUGAAGAACAGGGAACCAUUUCGCAUCAUCAACGUCAUACGCGUUUACAACGUCAUCAUGGUAGUCGUGAACUGCGUGUCCCUCGUCAUGAUUCUCAUCCCAACGUAUCUGCCAGGAGGCACGUACAGCCUAUGGUGCCAAGGAAUAGAGGGAAACUCGCCCGAGGAGCACCUCGAUUACUAUAAGUACGCCUGGAUCUUUAUCGCGUGGCGCUACGCCGACCUUCUCGACACCGUGUUCUUCGUGCUGCGCAAAAAGUUCAACCAAGUGACUCACCUUCACGUCAUCCACCACACGAUCGUUGUGGUCAACAUUUGGUUCUACGGCCGAUUUGCGCCCGCAGGUCAGCCGGCGCUUGGCAUAGCGCUCAACACAUUCGUGCAUAUAGUCAUGUACGCGUAUUACUUCCUCGCAAGCUUCGGUCCUCGAAUGCAGAAGUACCUGUGGUGGAAGAGGUACCUGACGACGCUUCAGAUAGUCCAGUUCAUCAUCAUCAUCGCCCACAUGUCCGUGCCUCUUUUCGUCGAGUGCGGAUUUCCAAGACAGGCUGUGUACGUCGCCAACACUCAGACAUUCCUGAUACUGUGCCUUUUCGUGAACUUUUACGUUCGAUCAUACACGCGCGGCAAUAAGCCGGUAGCUCAAGGUCUAAAACAUGCCAGGGGGGAGAAUGGAACAGCGUCGGCAGAAAACGCGAAGACAAGGUAAAAUAUAAAGAGCGUGGAAUGUCAACGCGAAUCCUUUAAGCUGACCGGGAACACUCCUUGGAGGUCUUAGGCUUUUCGAAAUCAUCCAAGAGUCUACGCACACUAUGUUGUGGAAAAUGGUGGCACCAAAGCAAUCUGAAAUGAACAAACAAGUAAAAAUAGCUCUAAUACGUAAUUUGCUUCAUUUGAGGGCAACCCCAAUAAGCGGGGUCUCAAAACAGCAAGGCAGGCAGGCUGAAAUGAGAGCAAACGUGGAUAUGUCCUGCGUCAUAAUUAGAAGCUGGGAGCGCGGGUACCAUGCAGUGGACAUGUCCUCUUUGUGUACGCACACUGCGACGCAUGCUGAAGGUAAUUUCCCUGGCCGUUUGUAAUUCCCCUCAAAGUGACAAUCCGUGGUCCUGGACGGGCAAAGAACUGCAUGACAGCACAUUACACACAUGUCGAUCCGGAAGUAUUCUAAUAAAUUCGCUCUGAUAAUUCAUUAUGGGUUCACAGAUCCGAUGCGUAUAACGAAGAAGGUCGCGCUUUGCACGCGUGUGUAUCUGUGGCGCGCGCCCGCUCGUUUUCCCUGUAGUUGUCGUUACUGGUGUCAGAUCCUGCCGUGUUUUAUCAGUGGCGUGGGUGCUGGACAGUUGUGAGCAUCAUUUCCAAAGCUAGGCCGUUCUGCAGAUCCCUACCCCCUCCACCAACUUCGACAAGACAACGUAGUCUGAUUACAGAUGCCGCAAGCGAACAGCUGGCAACAAAACAAUACUACGAGCUGUUCCAAAUAUUUAUUCCCCAUUGCUUCCUAAUAUCUGUGCUUGCGCGUUUAUGUAUGUGCGCGUGCGUGCGUGCGUGCGUGCAAGUGUUUUUGUGGUGAAGGGGGGACCUGAAGAACUCACUAGUUAACAUUUUAAUUGUUCACGUAAUCGUACAUACUGCAAUUGCAAAAUUGGAGCCGAGCAGAAGUGAAGUCAUGUGUACUGCUUAGAUGAAAUUCUCAGAACAUAUGAGCACUCUUUAGGUAUCCAUCCCCAAAAUGUGCUAACAAUAUAGUGCAUUACAAUCCUCUCUGUUACCAUUCUCCAGAACUUAACUCUUAAGCGGACGCUUAGGGGGAAACUCUUAAUCAAAACACCAUUGUAUUUUUUACGUUACGUCUACAACACACGUGCCCUUUAGACGGUCACACAACGCGGCACCUUA